UUUUUACGACAGUUUCACAAACAUACAGCCGUCUCGCUUUACGGUAGAAGGUGUUGCUCGUCAAGUGGAGCCAGUCAGUAGGCGAUGCGCAUUGGAUUGCCCAGUGCAGAGAAACUGCAAGGUGGAUCCUUGAAAGCUUUGGUUGUGACAUUGCUCCUGAGUGCGUUUAUGUUCCAGCUGCUGAGGACUGUUGGACUGAGGGCGUUCUCCAUGGCUUCUGAAACGUACACGUCAGGCACACACUCUGCCGCCUUCGUCACUUGUCCUAAUGACACAGUUGCCAAAGACUUGGCCAGGGGUAUUGUAGAAAGGAAGCUCGCUGCUUGCGUUAACAUCGUCCCAGCAAUCACAUCUGUAUAUGAAUGGCAGGGGAAGAUUGAAGAAGACAAUGAAGUGUUGCUGAUGAUUAAAACUAGAAGUUCCAAGGUGCCUGCACUUGCUGAAUAUGUCCGCUCUAACCAUCCAUACGAGGUGGCCGAGGUCAUCAGCCUGCCUAUUGACCAGGGCAACCCGCCCUACCUCAAGUGGAUAGGAGAUGUUGUCCCUGAGUAAGGAUGGGCUGAUGGAUGAAUUAAUUCAUGGAUGGAAGUAAAACUGAAUCUGUAAAACCUGUGUAUGCUCACUGAGUGUUUCCUUUAAAGACACAUAAAGGCAUUUUCAAAAUCUGUAAUGUUAAUACUCAAUGAAAAGAACCUUGACAGGAGGUUAAAACUACAAAGUGACACUACUCAUAAGUUUGGGUUCACUUAGAAAUGUCCUUAUUUUUGAAAGCUCAUUUGAAAAAAAAAAAAUUAAAUCAUUAAAUUGAUCAGGCAUAAAGUCUAGAUUUUGUUAAUGUGGUAAAUUACUAUUAAAGCUGUAAACGGCUGAUUUUCUUAUGAAAUAUCUAUUACAUAUUGUCAGCAACCAUCACUCCUGUGUUCCAGUGGCACAUUGUGUUAAUCCACGUUUAUAGUGUUGAAAGGCUCAUUGAUCAUUAAAACACCUGAGCAUUAUGUUAGCACAGCUGAAAACUGUUUUGUGCUGAUUUGAGAAGCAAUAAAAUGAUCCUUCCUCAGGCUGGUUGAGUAUCUAGAGGUAACGUUGGAGAUUUGUAAAAGGUUAAAACUAUUAUUUAUACCCUUGUCAAUGUCUUUACUAUAUUUUCGAUUCAUUUUGUAACUCAUUUCAUGAAUGAAACAGUUUGUUUUCAUGGAAAACAACAGACAUUUUCUGGGUGACGCCAAACUUUUGAGUGCUGGUGUUUGCCUUCUUUUUUUGCUGUGCAUCAUUUCUUUCUUCUAAAUGCUUAAAUGUGUUUCCCUUCCAGUAUGUUUACCUCUAGAGGGCAGCCUUGGUCUUUCAUUUCAAUAUCAACCCUGUGUAGAAUAAACUGACACAGCAACCUGCCACUAAAACGUUUUAACUGACCAGACAUCAGUUAGAUUUCCCAUUUUCUUUUGUGAAAGAAGCAUUUUGGAAUAAAGUGGAGGAUUUUUUAA